AUGGCGGUUGCCUUAUCGAAAAGAAGUUCCAAACACUUGAAGAAAGAAGCCCCGAAAAGGGAGCCUUGUUUCUGUUUGUCACCAUGUUUAUGUUUCAUUGCUCUAUUCAAGUUUCUAUAUAGACUUCCUGCAGCAUUUUUGUUGCUUUUUCUUAUCUACCUCUGGUCUUCCUCCACCACCAUUAUCUCUGGCAACAUUGUUCAUGUCUGUAUCUCGUCUCGGAAGCUCAAUAAUCAUUACUGCCUAUCUGCAGGUAGUACAAGACCCAAAUUUGAACUCCCAAAUCUCAAUAAUGCUACUCAUUACCUCCACACUCCUGACCCGAGUUCAAACCUCUCUAUCUCGAUAUCGCCUCCUUUGUCCCAAAAUAACAGUCCCAUUAGUCCUCCACCUCCUAAAGUCAGUAGUGAGAUUGUGAUCAGAGAGACUGUUCAAGUUGUCCAUGAUGAGUCUGAUCCAGUGAAGAAUGGAGCCAACAAAGAACGAGAAGAAGAGAUUGCAAAUGCAAAGAAGCAAGUUGAAGAGCAGCUAAGAUUGCACAGAUCAUGGAUAUCAAAUAAGAAGCAUGAAGGGUGUGAAGGAAGAGGAGUCUAUGUGUAUGACUUGCCAUCCAAGUUUAAUAAGGACUUGUUGGGUCAAUGCAGAGACAUGGUUCCAUGGAUGGAUUUCUGCGAGUAUUUCAAAAACGAGGCAUUGGGUGAAUCGAUUCCCAAGCUUGGAGAUGGGUGGUACCACACUCAUCAGUACUCAUUGGAGCCAAUAUUCCAUCAAAGGAUCUUGAAUCAUCCUUGCAGGGUUCACAGUGAGAAUGAAGCAAAGCUUUUCUAUGUUCCAUUCUAUGGAGGUUUGGACAUUCUGAGGUGGCAUUUCAAGAAUGUGUCCAAUGAUGUCAAGGACACUUUGAGCUUGGAGCUCAUAACAUGGCUUAAGAAGCAAGACUUUUGGAGGAAGAAUUCAGGUAGAGAUCAUGUGCUGGUGUUGGGGAAGAUUUCAUGGGAUUUUAGGCGAAAAGAUGGUUCGUGGGGGACGAACUUCCUCGAAAUUGAUCAAAUGCAAAAUCCAAUCAAGCUCUUGAUUGAGAGACAACCAUGGCAACAAAAUGACGUUGGAAUCCCACAUCCAACAUUCUUCCACCCGAAUUCAGACGAUGAUAUAAUGGCAUUGCAAUGGAAGAUCAUUAGCUCAUAUAGAAAAACGUUAGUGAGCUUCGCUGGUGCAGCAAGGCCUAGUGCAGCCGAGAGCAUAAGGUCCACAUUGAUCGAUCAGUGCAACUCAGCCGAAAAUGGGAAAUGUCACUUCCUCAACUGCCAUACAGGUGAUUGUGAUAAGCCAGAGUCGGUCAUUGAGCUUUUCAUGGAGUCUGAAUUCUGCUUGCAGCCACCAGGAGACAGCCCAACUCGAAAGUCCUUAUUUGAUUCAUUAAUAUCUGGUUGCAUCCCUGUGCUUUUCGAUCCUUUCACAGCUUAUUAUCAGUAUCCAUGGCAUCUCCCAGUGGAACAUGGAAAGUAUUCUGUGUUUAUAGACCAGAAAGAUGUGAGGGGAAUGAAGGUGAAUGUGGUGGAGAUGCUUAUGAAGAUUCCUAAGGAGAACAGGGAUGAUAUGAGGAGGCACAUUGUGUACGAGUUGUUGCCUGGUUUGGUUUAUGGGGAUUCAAAUGCCCAGUUUGACAAGUUUCAGGAUGCAUUUUCGAUUACAAUGAGUAAUCUGAUGGAGAGGGUCACCAAAUUGGAGUUAGCCGUAUAA